GGCAACAAUCCAGCGAUUGUGAGCAGCAUUGGCAUAAACUUUCCCCUUUUUCACAUCUCUUCUCAGUUUCUUCUCACACUCAGCACUGUGGAGCAAAAAUGGGUCAGGGCACACCCGGCGGACUCAACCGGCAGGGGGGUCUUCCCGGCGACCGGAAGCAAGACGAUCCCAACAAGAAGGACAAGAAAUUCGAGCCGGCCGCCCCUCCCUCCCGCGUCGGCCGCAAGCAGCGGAAGCAGAAGGGCCCCGAUGCCGCCGCCCGCCUCCCGACGGUCACCCCCCACACCAAGUGCAAGCUCCGCCUUCUCAAGCUCGAGCGAGUCAAGGACUAUUUGCUCAUGGAGGAGGAGUUCGUUGCCAAUCAGGAGCGCUUGAAGCCCCAGGAGGAAAAGAAUGAAGAAGAUAGAUCUAAGGUCGAUGACCUGCGUGGCUCGCCGAUGAGCGUUGGCAAUCUGGAGGAGCUGAUUGAUGAGAAUCAUGCGAUUGUUUCCUCGUCCGUCGGUCCGGAGUACUAUGUGGGGAUCUUGUCGUUUGUUGAUAAAGACCAGCUCGAGCCUGGAUGUGCCAUUCUUAUGCACAACAAGGUCCUUUCUGUCGUUGGGCUUCUUCAAGAUGAGGUCGACCCCAUGGUAUCUGUUAUGAAGGUUGAGAAGGCUCCAUUGGAAUCCUAUGCUGAUAUUGGUGGUUUAGAUGCUCAGAUCCAGGAGAUUAAAGAAGCAGUAGAGCUUCCUCUUACUCAUCCUGAAUUAUAUGAAGACAUUGGAAUUAAACCCCCCAAAGGAGUCAUACUUUACGGGGAGCCAGGGACCGGGAAAACAUUGCUUGCUAAGGCAGUGGCAAACUCCACUUCAGCUACAUUCUUGCGUGUGGUUGGAAGUGAACUGAUCCAGAAAUACUUAGGAGAUGGGCCUAAAUUAGUCAGGGAGCUCUUUAGGGUUGCAGAUGAUCUUUCCCCAUCAAUUGUAUUCAUCGACGAAAUUGAUGCUGUUGGUACAAAGAGGUAUGAUGCACAUUCUGGCGGCGAGCGCGAGAUCCAAAGGACUAUGCUUGAAUUACUGAACCAACUGGAUGGGUUUGACUCAAGAGGAGAUGUCAAAGUGAUUCUUGCUACAAAUAGAAUUGAAAGCCUUGAUCCUGCCCUUUUACGACCUGGACGAAUAGACAGGAAGAUUGAAUUUCCCCUUCCAGAUAUAAAAACAAGACGUCGCAUUUUUCAGAUUCAUACAUCAAGGAUGACGCUAGCUGACGAUGUGAACUUAGAAGAGUUUGUAAUGACCAAAGAUGAGUUUUCUGGGGCUGAUAUCAAAGCAAUUUGCACAGAAGCUGGCUUGCUUGCUCUAAGAGAACGUAGAAUGAAGGUGACUCAUGCAGACUUUAAGAAAGCAAAGGAGAAGGUUAUGUUCAAAAAGAAAGAGGGUGUUCCAGAGGGACUUUACAUGUAACAGAGUCGGGCGCUGAUGCAAAAGUUGUAUGGGCUUGUUUUAUUCAUUUUUUCCUAUUUAAUGUGGAACACUGGCGAUUUAGAGCUCAGUUACCUGUUUGAGACAUCUCUUUUAGAUUAUAAUUGCCUUUAUACACAACAUUUGUUGGAGAUGAAUCAGGUGACUUUUUUCUCAGUUAAAGAAUGGAUUUGAACUUAUAACUAGAGAUUUGUAAUGCAUCUUUGAGGGGUGUACAAUCAACAGCGAGAACUGAAGUCCCAUAAUCUUGCAACAUUAUUCUGUUCUUUGUAAGUUUCAAUUGGAGAUUGGUUGUAGGUAAUGAAAUAUUUCAUUUAAUA